AUUCAAAGGGGGAAACUUCGGCGUGAAGUGCUGCUCGGCUCCGGCUCUCUCCAGCUCUUUCCUCCCGGGAACCGGAGGCACAUAUCGUCCUCGCACUGGUGCCCGGGCUUCUCCCGGAGGGUUCCCUAGCUCUGCUGGGCGCCGGCGUGAACUGCCCGCCUGCCGGGUAAUGGGGAUCUGCGUGGUACCAUAGGAGGGGCGAGGCGGCGCGGAGGGUGGCAUCACUCCGGGACUCCGCGGUGGGCGCGCGGGCGGGUCCCGGCGCCGGCUCGGCCGCUGCAGUUGCUGCGAGCGCAACCCUCUGCCCAGUCUCCUGCAGCUAUGGCUCGCUGGUGAGAUUCCAGCCUGACUUACGGUAACGAGCUUCUCCAUCCUUUCUGGCCUCGCUGCUGUCCUGGGUGAAAAUGGCUGUCUAGACUGAAAUGUGCCGGCGGGGAGCAAGCCCAGGCUAUCCAGCCUAAGCCCGGCUCCUACGCUCCGAGGUCUGGGGACGAGCCCGGCUCUGAAAAGUGCAGGCAUGAAUUCUGGAGUUGCGGUGAAAUAUGGCAACGACUCCUCAGCCGAGCUGAGCGAGCUCCACUUGGCAGCCCUGGCAUCACUCAAGGGAGACAUUGUAGAGCUGAAUAAGCGUUUGCAGCAGACAGAGCGGGAACGCGACCUUCUGGAAAAGAAGUUGGCCAAAGCACAGUGUGAGCAGUCACACCUCAUGAGAGAGCAUGAAGACGUCCAGGAGCGCACGACACUCCGCUAUGAGGAGCGCAUCACAGAACUCCACAGUAUCAUUGCAGAACUCAACAAGAAGAUAGACCGCCUGCAAGGUACCACCAUCAGGGAGGAAGAUGAGUACUCAGAACUUCGGUCAGAGCUCAGCCAGAGUCAACACGAGGUUAAUGAAGACUCCAGAAGUGUGGACCAAGACCAGACCUCUGUGUCCAUCCCUGAGAACCAGUCUACUAUGGUCACUGCUGAUAUGGAUAACUGCAGUGACUUGAACUCAGAACUGCAGAGGGUGCUGACCGGUCUGGAGAGUGUCGUCUGCGGCAGGAAGAAGAGCAGCUGUAGCCUCUCUGUGGCUGAAGUUGACAGGCACAUAGAGCAGCUCACUACGGCCAGCGAGCACUGCGACUUGGCCAUUAAGACAGUUGAGGAGAUCGAGGGAGUUCUAGGUCGGGAUCUGUAUCCCAACCUGGCUGAGGAGCGGUCCCGGUGGGAGAAAGAACUGGCUGGAUUGCGGGAAGAGAAUGAAAGCCUGACGGCCAUGCUAUGCAGCAAAGAGGAGGAGCUGAACCGGACCAAGGCCACUAUGAACGCCAUCCGUGAGGAGCGGGACAGGCUUCGGAGGCGGGUCCGAGAGCUCCAAACUCGGCUGCAGAGUGUGCAGGCUACUGGGCCUUCUAGCCCAGGUCGCCUCACCCCUGCCAAUCGCCCAAUUAACCCCAGCACCGGAGAGCUAAGCACCAGCAGUAGCAGCAAUGACAUCCCCAUCGCUAAGAUUGCCGAGAGAGUGAAGCUGUCAAAGACAAGGUCUGAAUCGUCAUCAUCUGACAGGCCAGUCCUGGGCUCGGAAAUCAGUAGCAUUGGGGUUUCCAGCAGUGUGGCAGAACACCUGGCCCACUCACUCCAGGACUGCUCCAACAUCCAGGAAAUUUUCCAGACACUCUACUCACACGGAUCUGCCAUCUCUGAAAGCAAGAUUAGAGAGUUUGAGGUGGAAACGGAACGAUUGAAUAGUCGUAUUGAACACCUCAAAUCCCAAAAUGAUCUUCUCACCAUAACCCUGGAGGAAUGUAAAAGCAACGCCGAGAGGAUGAGCAUGCUGGUGGGGAAGUACGAAUCCAACGCCACAGCCCUGAGGCUGGCCUUGCAGUACAGUGAGCAGUGCAUAGAAGCCUACGAACUCCUGUUGGCCCUGGCUGAGAGCGAGCAGAGCCUCAUCCUGGGGCAAUUCCGGGCAGCUGGUGUGGGCUCCUCCCCUGGAGACCAGUCAGGGGAUGAAAAUAUCACUCAGAUGCUCAAGCGGGCUCAUGACUGCCGGAAGACUGCUGAGAAUGCCGCCAAAGCCCUGCUCAUGAAGCUGGAUGGCAGCUGCGGGGGAGCCUUCGCCGUGGCUGGCUGCAGCGUGCAGCCCUGGGAGAGCCUGUCCUCCAACAGCCAUACCAGCACGACCAGCUCUACAGCCAGCAGCUGUGACACAGAGUUCACUAAAGAAGAUGAGCAAAGGCUGAAGGAUUAUAUCCAGCAGCUCAAGAAUGACAGAGCUGCCGUCAAGCUGACCAUGCUGGAGCUGGAGAGCAUCCACAUCGAUCCACUCAGCUAUGAUGUCAAGCCAAGAGGCGACAGCCAGAGGCUGGACCUGGAGAAUGCCGUGCUGAUGCAGGAGCUGAUGGCCAUGAAGGAGGAGAUGGCCGAGCUGAAGGCCCAGCUCUAUCUGCUGGAGAAGGAGAAGAAAGCCCUGGAGCUGAAGCUGAGCACGAGGGAGGCACAGGAGCAGGCCUAUCUGGUGCACAUCGAGCAUCUCAAGUCCGAGGUGGAGGAACAGAAGGAGCAGAGGAUGCGGUCUCUGAGCUCCACCAGCAGCAGCGGCAAGGAGAAGCCUGGCAAGGAGUGUGCCGAUGCUGCCUCGCCAGCUUUGUCACUGGCCGAACUAAGGACAAACAGCGACAGUGAGCUGGCCACCGAGUUCGCCAAUGCCAUCCGACGGGAAAAGAAGCUGAAGACCAGAGUCCAAGAACUGGUCAGUGCCUUGGAAAGACUCACCAAAAGCAGUGAAAUCAGGCACCAGCAGUCGGCAGAGUUUGUUAAUGACCUGAAACGGGCCAACAGCAAUCUGGUGGCUGCUUACGAAAAAGCAAAGAAGAAGCAUCAAAACAAGCUGAAGAAGCUGGAAUCUCAGAUGAUGGCCAUGGUGGAGCGACACGAGACCCAAGUGAGAAUGCUCAAGCAAAGAAUAGCCCUGCUGGAGGAAGAGAAUUCCAGGCCACACACCAACGAAACGUCACUCUAACGGGCACUCUGGCACCAAAGUUGGCUAACCUGGAGCAGCUCUGGAGUCCUCAGAAGAGGAAGGGCCCAGAGAAGGAGGGACUGUUGGGAGAAGAGUGGAAAGGUUGCAUAUAGGUCACAGGCUCCACCCUGGGGGGCGUGGUCACGAUGGCACUGUGGAUUAUGUACCUAUGUACUAGCUCCAGCUGCUCUAGGCUUAGCCACAAAGGGUGUCUACAAUGGCUCCAGCCUCAAGAUUAGCCACAUCUUCUUUCAGCGUUCACCAUUCCAGUUCUCAACUGUUCUGUGCAGUAGUGGAACUCCAGGCAUCUGUGGAUUUCCAAGUCUCCCCAUCCCCACCCUCACCUCCUUUUUUUUUUUUCCAUAGGCUGUGGACUUUUCUGGAUUUCUUCCUUCCUCUUCCAAGGGGAAGGUGACAGUGUUGUAUGUCUCCAGUAUCUAGGGCUGGCGGCUUCCUGUAGCAGGCUCUGCUUUUCAGGUCCCAUGGUACCAGAUUCUUGAAAUACGGUCAUGAAGAGUUAGUAGUUGGGAGUUACAGACUAAAGGAUGCACAAAGUGUUGCCACCGAGCAUCCCAGACACAGUGCAGCUUCAAAUAGAGCAAUGCUGGGGCUGUGUGUAGACCGUUGUGCUCUAGACGAAUAAAAGCAUCUUCCAUUUUUAUUUUAGAGGCAGGGCUCAGAUUCCCUUCUAGCAAGAGUAAAAUUUAGAACACUCUUGAUUUAUGUAGAGAAGCCAACAUUUUACCAUGGGUUUCUUCCAGAACAAAGAAAAAAACAGUAUUUGCUCUCACCCAGCCCAGGGCACUAUAAUAGCUUCUAUUUUGAAUCAAAACCUAAGCCACUUUUGAGCAUCUGUGGGCCCUGCCUCCCUAAAGGCAAGAGGCUUGGUGACCCUUACUGUUGUACAAAAUUGUUCCCACCUAUUUAACAGAGUGCCACUGAACCUUUAGCCUCUGACUGGAUGAGGGAAUGGUCGACAGGCUUCCUAAGCUAACCAGUGACUGGAAGGCGGGUUCCAAGUACCUGAACUCUGGGAGGUAUUCCAGACUCAUUUAGUUCCUAGUAUAACCUUUAUUGUUUUGCCUUCUGCUGUUCAUGGGUACAAUUAAGAGCAGCUUGGCUUUUUAGCUUUUUCACCUCCUGUAGCCCCUAAUACUAUUCAUCUGCUCUGAGAAAUGGGUCCAACUGCCCUGGUUACCUAGGUGAAAGAUGCUGCAUAAAUGGCCAUGUUGUUGCUGUAGACUCCUGGUUCUGGGUGGGUGUGCUUUCAGAAAGCAAACACAAGUUCCUCAGCCUCCUGGGUAACAAGGAAAGAUAUUUUGGCCUUCUCCUAUGACAGACAGACAGACCUGGAAGCUCAACAGUUCUUCCUUCUCAGACCAGUGCCAAGCCCUUCAUCUGGCAGAGUAACACCAGCGUGACUGGUUUGAGUCAAGGCCUGGCCUGUGCGUGCUGACGGCUUUCUAGCCUUCUGUCACCUGUGAUGUUUUCUGUGCUCACCUUUUGGGGUAAAGUUGUAUCUGUUAUUCAGAAAAUGUGUAAGUAGAAACAUCUAUUACCUCUCUGCCACCCCAAGAAUUGGUAAAAUUAGCUUUCAGUUUGUUUGUUUGUUUCCAGCUAUGCUCAAAAAUGUCUGCCCCCUGAGCAAACUGGAAUAGGCAUGGCUGUCCUGGAGACACCACAGUCCAGGUAAGGGAUGCUUGUUAGGCUUCCUGUUCUGUCCAUCCAGAUGCAGUGAUGGACAGCAGGUGAUGCUCUAAGCGAUCAAGAGAAUGCUCAGAUGCAAGUUAGGGAGGGAUGACAGGCUGCCUGCCGAGGUUUGCCCCCUCCCCGCAGCCUGAAAAAAAUCCCUUACUUCUAGGUCCACAGUUCCUCCACAGGGAAGCCCCCAAAGCAAUGAUCCUACCUGGCCUUAGAGUCUGCGUUUCUAAGUCCAUAAAUAUAUGGUGACUUGGUGAAAACGUUGGCAAUGUCCAGUUUUUGAAUAAAUGGGAAAGGGCUAUACAAUCUUUUCCUUGUAACUGUCAAUGUUGGUUGAGGGUGAAGCAGAAGGCAUUUGCUUAUGUGAAUUAUGGAAGCUACUGAACUGCACUGAUUAAAUACAUGAUAGCAGGUGCCUAGGUAAUUUCCCUUUUUGUUUAACCGGGCGCUUCCUGAACCAACUUUUAAAUAGGAAAUGGUUUCUAUUAACAUGUCUAUUCAGGCAAACAAGAUUAUCUUGAUUUUAAUUUGUAUGAGGUUAAAAAACCUACGGUCCUGUGUAGGCAGUCACCUUUACUAAUCAAAGCCAAUUUUCGUUCAUCAAAAAUAGGCAGAACAAAAAGGCCCAUCAGGAACCACUUCAUAGUUUCCUUGGACUGUACUCCCCAUUCUGAACUGAGGUGGACAAACCCAACUCGGGCAGCGGGAACAGGCAAAGGAGACAUCUGUCUAUGACUGGCUCUGGUACAUUGCAACCAAGCCCAGGUAUAUCAGCCAAGUGUGCCUUGCCUUGUGCCGGUAAGAAAGCCUCCACUAGAGUCAUAAUAAAGGCUGUCAUGUGAUCAGACAGUUGAGACCUACCCUUGUCCCCGUGUCAUACUCCAGGUGUACAUGAGUGCUCAGGGUCCCCAGUGGGCCCUUCCACUCACUCCAUUCUGUGCUGAUGAUAUGUACUUGCCUGAAACUGGAUGCUACCUUUAACUGACACUUAGAAAGCUUUUAUUAGCUUAAGUGCGCAUAUCCUUCCAGAUGCAUGUAGGCACAAGGUCUUCCUCACUACCUGCAGCAGAACUUUACAAGGGCUUCAGAGAACUCUAAAUUAGAGCUUUGGCAGAGUUCUUAUAAGGAAGAGCAGGCCGAGCCACACAGCCUCUGGUGUUUAUUCUAAAAACUGUUAGAAGAGGCUUAAUAAGGACCUUGCCACCGUGAAGGAGACCUAGACGUCUUCUAGUUCCCACAUACAUUACCUUAACAGAAAGGAAAUGCUUUUCAGUUUUUUUGUUUUUUUUUUUCUCCAUCAUUGGCGUGGAUCAAAACUAUCAGGCUUCUGUAUUCUAUACACUAUGGCCCACAAAAAACUCGCUGCAACAAUAUAAAAUGUUAGAGCUGCCAAGAGUUAAGGUUGUAUCAUGUUCAAAGAGACGUGUAGAGAAAAGCAUGAGCCCUCGCUCCGCUUUUAUUGGUCCAAACACUUCCUUCUGUAAACGCUUUCAGUGGUAAAUGUUUAAUUGGGAGUAUGUCAUAUGAACACAGUGCCCUAAGUAAGAACAAUCACGUUCACUAAAUGUAUACAGUGUCACCUACUGAACGAUGCUCAGUGUUUUUAGAGCCCAACAGAGAACAAAUUCUUUGGUGGCUAAAAUUUCUGCCCUGAUCUUCAUUAGGGUAUAGUCCUAGUGAAGAGCAGGGAUGGGCAAACAUCCAAGAGCUUCAGCACCAGUAUUUUCCUUCUGUGGUAUACUGCAGAUACAACUGUGGAAGAAACCGGCAACUGACUUUGUUUAGCCAAUGGAACCUAUAUGACAAAGAGACUUAAGUGACAAAGAAUGACAGACUGGUACCUUGGCCACAGCUUGCAAACUCUUUGUAAAGCAGGAAUGGCUUGCUACAAAAACCACCCCCAUCCUUUAAGUGUUCUCACAAUGGAAGCCCUAUGUUUUACACAGGUCAGCUCUGAACCCACGGCCUCCCAUUUUGAUUCAUUUUCUUGUUUUUUGUUUGUUUGUUUUCCAAGGGUUUCUCUGUAGCCCUGGCUGUUCUGGAACU